GGACUUUGUGACUGUGGUAACUAGUGACGACCCAACUUGGCCUGCUGAAGGAGAUUCCCUUCCGCGGACAGGUUUCUGUCACUUUAGCCGCCAUGUUAUCCCACUCCCGGUGUGUCACUCGGAAUGUUAGCCGUUUUGUCGCUGUCAUUAGUCAGGGAAACAAUGUAUUGGCACGGCAGGCUGUGUCAGUCGUUUUAGAUUCUGCACGAGCAGGGAGUGAUUUACUGUUGUCAUCUGCUCCAGGACUGUCCGCUAGCCGUAGUGUCACAGUCAACAACCCAGCGAAAUGCGGAGCCAGGUCCAGCGUCUUCCAAACCAGAUACUUCAAGACGUCUUCAGCUUGCAGGAAUGAAGUUAUCACAGUAAAGACACCUGCGUUUGCGGAGUCAGUCACAGAGGGGGAUGUGAGGUGGGAGAAAGCGGUUGGUGACUCUGUCAAAGAGGAUGAGGUGGUUUGUGAGAUUGAGACGGACAAGACAUCAGUGCAGGUGCCGUCUCCUGCUGCUGGGGUGAUUGAGGAGCUACUGGUCCCUGAUGGGGAGAAGGUCGAGGGAGGACAGGCUCUCUUCAAACUCCGGAAAGGAGCUGUUGCUGCCCAAGCUGCAGAGGCCCCAGCAGCAGUAGCAGCUCCUCCACCCCCUGCUGCUGCCACACCUCCAUCCUUUGCUGCCUCUGCAGUGGGCCCCAUCCCCACCACAAUGCCCCCCGUGCCACCCGUGCCAGGAGCUGCCAUCUCUGCCACACCAGUUUCAGCCAUCAAACCCACUGCUGCCCCAGCCGCUGUUGCAGAUGGAAGGGGGAUACCAGCCAGGACAGAGCACAGGGUGAAGAUGAACCGUAUGCGUCUGAGAAUCGCUCAGAGACUGAAGGAAGCCCAGAACACCUGCGCUAUGUUGACAACAUUUAAUGAGGUCGACAUGAGCAACAUCAGUGAGAUGAGGAAAGCCUACAAAGAUACUUUCCUGAAGAAACACAACAUCAAGCUGGGCUUCAUGUCUGCAUUUGUCAAGGCUUCAGCAUACGCUCUGAUGGACCAACCUUCCGUCAACGGAGUAAUUGAUGACACCACCAAAGAGGUUGUGUACAGGGACUAUGUGGACAUCAGUGUGGCUGUAGCAACACCAAAGGGCCUGGUGGUGCCUGUGAUCCGUGGGGUGGAGGGAAUGAACUUCGCUGACAUCGAGAAGACCAUCAACGAGCUGGGGGAGAAAGCCCGUAAGAAUGAGCUGGCCGUGGAAGACAUGGAUGGCGGCACCUUCACCAUCAGCAACGGUGGUGUAUUUGGAUCAAUGUUUGGCACGCCUAUCAUCAACCCUCCGCAGUCUGCCAUCCUGGGCAUGCAUGGCAUCUUCGACAGGCCAGUGGCCAUCGGGGGCAAGGUGGAGAUCCGCCCCAUGAUGUACGUGGCUCUGACAUAUGACCAUCGGCUCAUCGAUGGCAGAGAGGCAGUCACCUUCCUGCGUAAGAUCAAGACUGUGGUAGAAGACCCCAGAGUGCUGCUUCUGGACAUGUGAGCCAGCCUCUCGGCAGUCACAACAAGCCACCCUUCACACAACAGUGGCUAUACCCUUCCUCCUGAUGAUGUUUAUUGUUGAAUAACUAGACAAAGUGAUACUUGAAAAGAGCGAAAGGUGCAUUGGACUUAUUGCAUGGCCUGAAAUGAUGAAAUAAUUUCUGCUAAAUGUUCUAUAUGUCUGGGCCAGGGGUUUCACUAAAACGGGUCUCUGGAGAUGGAGAGGGUGUUGUACAACGCAAAGCACCAUUUGCCAUUUUCUACCUACAAUAAAUAUUUGUCAAAUAAUUGUUAAUAUAAAUGACCAAAAAAAAAUUUGUUAUGUAUUGUUCAUUUAUUUUUUCUGAGAAAAGCUGGACUGCAAACAGUAAACACUAUAGACUAAGAGGUGGUACAUGGGACAGGUUUUUAUCCGUUGUUACACUGAAAUCACAGUGGGUCCUUAAAGCAUUUGUAAAAAAUCUGAUUCACACACACCCUAAGGAAAGUAUCUUUAUGUUGUGUAAAGAAAAAUAGAUUUAACAAAAUCUUAACUAUCCUUUUUGUUGUCUACUGUUUACAAAGACACUUGCCUUUUUUACAGAAUGCUCUCAAAAUGACUGACGAGGACAAUAAUUGAGAAACCAGGUGGCUGGUAUGGUUUAAAAUCGGCAGGGCUUGGAAGCUAAAAGAAAUAGAGAAGUUUGAAAGACACAUCACAAGUCCGUUUUAAUUUCUCAUGCACAAGUCAGUGGAUAGACUGAGCUGUGGUAAAUGUUUAGUUAUGAAGGCUAUGUACAGAUGACCAAGCAAAAAUACGAGGCUUUGCUUCUUUUUUAUUAACCUCAAAGUAUUUGACAAUGGAAAAAUGUUUCAUGCUUGGUUUGUAAGGAUGAUAUUCAUGGAUUCACUGAACAAAAAUAUAAACGCACCAUGCAAGAAUUUACAGAGUUACAGUUCACUCUUUACCCCUACCUACAUGUACAAAUGACCUCGACUAACCUGUAUCCCCGCACGUUGACUCGGUACCCCCUGUAUAUAGCCUCGUUAUUGUAACUUUUUAUUACAUUUCUUACUUUGAUACAUUUUUUCUUAUUUCUUGAACUGCAUUGUUGGUUAAGGGAUUGUAAGUAAGCAUUUCACUGUAAGGUCUACCUACACCUGUUGUAUUCAGCGCAUGUGACAAAUAACAUUUGAUUUGAUAUAAGGAAAUAAAUUCAGCAUCUGGUGUGUCCACCAUUUGCCUCAUGCAGCACAACACAUCUCCUUCACACAGAGCUCUCGAUUCUGCAAACCCACAGUUUCCUCGUGUGGCUACUCUGACGAUCCUGCAGGUGAAGAAGAAUGUGUAGGUCCUGAACUGGUGUGGUUACACGUGGUUGUGAGGCUGGCUGGUUGCACUGCAAAGUUCUCUAAAAUGACGUUGGUGGCGGCUUACGGAAGAUAAAUUAACAUUACAUACUCUAGCAACAGCUCUCGUGGACUUCCUGCAGUCAGCAUGGUAAUUGCACGCUCCCUCAAAACUAGUGACAUCUGUGGCAUUGUGUUGUGUGACAACCCAUUUUAGAGUAGCCUUUUAUUGUCCCCAGCACAAGGUGCACCUGUGUAAUGAUCAUGCUGUUUAAUCAGCUUCUUGAUAUACCACACCUCUCAGGUGGAUGGAUUAUCUUGGCAAAGGAGAAAUGCUCACUAACAGGAAUGUAAAAAAAAACAUUAACAAAAGUUGAGAGAAAUACAUUUGUGUGUAUGGAACAUUUCUGGGGUCUUAUUUCAGCUCAUGGGACCAACACUUUGUUGCGUUUAUAUCUUUGUUCAGUAUAUUAACAGAAAUAUUGCUUGUCAUUUUUAUGACAGAAGUACCCCAAAAGUCAGCUGAUAAAGAGUACACUUUAAACUCUUGCCCAUCUUGCCCUACCAUAUGUCAAAAGGACAGGUGAGGUUUACACUAGCCUCUAUCAUUCAAACAUGGAGGUUGGUUGUUGCAGGGUUGACAUGUUAGCUGUGUGUCUGCUGCUCUGAAUUAUACUUCUAAUCUAUCAUCUUUCUUUGGGAAGUAAGAUGCUCAGGAAGUAGCACCAGAGCUGGGGCUUCAACUAUUUUAGCCACAAGGGGGCAGUGGCUGCCCAAAACAGUUCAAGCUGCAUUUAGGCCAGAGACACACAGGUAGUCUGUUGGCAUGUUAACUUGACAGUGCCUUCCAGGAGACACCAUUGAAGAAGGGGUGACACUUGAUGUCACUCACACCACCGCCUCCAGAGCCCAAACGAUAACCAGGAUCAAACUGCAGCAGCUGUGGAACAUGUAAUUGUCACUCAUUCAGAAAUACAUGACUUUGUACAAUG